AUGUCUCUUAAAGUCCUGCAACUGAUUGCAGCAUUGGCUGCUUCUGCCCAUGGCAUUGCAGUACCGGAUAGCCAGGGCGCUGCUUUCAGCCUCGAUGCUUUCGCACCAGCUACACCAGAGGAAUUCGAUCCUGUGGCUGAGCGUCAGAGGCUUGAGGCCAAGUUCCCCACGACGCAUGCCAGCAACAUUCAAGUGCGUACCGUGAAGCAGUCGGGCUCCGCGAAAGUGAAGCCUGUCUCUGGCGGCAUGUCAUUCUUCGUCCUUACAGUCAUUGGAAACCAGACGUUCAAGAUGCUCUACGACACUGGCUCUGCCGAUUUAUGGGUAUAUUCCAACGAGUCUUCCCCCUUCCAGAGUGAGGAUCACCCAACCUAUGCCCCGACUUCAUCCGCAACGCUUCUCAAGGGCUACAACUUCACCCUCAAGUACGCCUUUGGCGAUGUGAUCAGCGGCGAAGUCUUCACCGACACCGUCAAGGCAGGGCCCGUCGUAGCCCACAAGCAGGCCGUCGAAUCCGCCCUCAUCAUCCAGCCAGAAGUCUCCUACGACGGCAUUCUUGGUCUCGCAUUUAGUACCAUCAACCAAGUUGUGCCCAAGAAGCAAAAGACCUUGUUCGAAACUCUCCUUCCCACUCUGAAGAAGAAAGUCUUUGCUGCGAAUCUGCGGUUGGAUGGCAAGCCUGCGACAUGGGACUUUGGGUACAUCGACGAUACCAAGUUCAAGGGCAAAGUCGCCUAUACCCCCGUUGUCAGCACCAAGUACUGGUCGAUGAACGUAAGCUCUUAUGCUGUGGGCAAGGGUUCAUUCACCAGCAAAAAGAAAGUUGGCGAGGUCAUCGUCGACUCGGGCACGUACCUAGUCUAUCUCCCUGAAGCUGUGGUGAACGACUACUACAGCCACAUCAAGGGCUAUAAGCUUACAAGCGGAGGGUCUCGCACUUACCCGUGCAAUAGCACUGUGCCCGACUUCCACUUCAAGAUCGACAGCACAACGCUUACUAUCCCCGGACGAGAUGUCAACUAUACUGUAUAUGACCCUAACAUUCGACUUUGCACUGGUGCCAUCACGUCUCAGCUUAACAACAAAUACUCUGUGCUAGGAAACUUGUUUAUGAAAAACUACUAUGUUGUUCAUAGCUGGGAGGAGGCUAUCCCGAAGCUUGGAUUUGCGCCGCAUUGA